AAGGAUCAAAUAUAGAACACAAAUAAAUGCAUAAAUAUAUUUAUUCAGGCCCACAUCACGAGCCGAAAAUAAAUUUUAAAAAAAGAAUUUUUUUUUUAUUUUUUCCUUAAAAAAGAAAAACGAAAAUAUAUCUCUCCGCUAACUGUGCCGCUGAAUCUGUAGCUCGCUCUCAGAAACAUCUCUUCUCUCUCUCUCCCUCUCUCUCUCAAUUUUUCGCGUUAAAAGACACGUUUUCUUGCUGUACGGAUUUUUUUUCCCACCCCCUCAGUGUUGGCGAUUUUAGAGGGAUUUGUAUUUUCCGUUUAUUUUGUUUAAAUUUUCCUUGACCUCAAAAACAAAAUUGUUUUGGUUAAUAAAAGUUUAAUGUAGUUAGUUAAUUUAUUUGCGGUUUUGGUUCCGUUUAUUUAGUGUUUAAAUUAUUAUUAUUCCAUUCUGCUUUUUAGUCGGGAAGGGCGCGGUCUGGGGGUCCUUUAGGGUUUGGCCUCUAAGUCUCUCCGGUCCGGAGAGGUUGAGGCAAGGACGCUUUUGCUUCUCCCGGAUUCGGGGUUAGGGUUAGGGUUUUUGUUUUUAAUUUUAAUUUUUUUUAAUUGUUUAAUGGGUUUUUAGAGAAUGAGUUGCUUUUCUUGCUUUAGUCCUCAUCGGAAGGAUGUGAGCAAGGUUGAAAAUGAUUACGGUACUCGAUCCUCAGGAAGUGGGAGGGGAAAGGCGAGUUCCGAUGAUGCUGAAAUUGGGAGAGGAAAAGGAAAAGGUAAGGCUGGCAAUGGCCCGAAAAACAGUGCGGCUCGCAGUUUCACUUUUCGGGAACUUGCAGCGGCCACGAGGGGCUUUAGGGAGGUGAAUUUGAUUGGGGAAGGGGGUUUUGGAAGGGUCUACAAAGGCCGUCUGGAAUCAGGCCAGGUAGUUGCCAUCAAACAACUCAAUCAUGAUGGGCUUCAGGGUUUUCAGGAAUUCAUUGUAGAGGUUCUAAUGUUAAGCCUUCUACAUCACUCCAAUCUUGUCACCUUGAUUGGCUACUGCACGGAUGGAGAUCAAAGACUAUUAGUCUACGAGUACAUGCCCAUGGGUAGCUUGGAGGAUCACCUUUUUGAUCUGGAGGCUGAUAAAGAGCCACUCAGUUGGGAUACUCGAAUUAAGAUUGCUGUUGGUGCAGCACGUGGUCUUGAAUAUCUCCAUUGCAAAGCAAAUCCACCUGUCAUAUAUCGUGACUUGAAAUCAGCAAAUAUAUUGUUAGACGGUGAAUUCAACCCAAAGCUUUCGGACUUUGGACUUGCUAAAUUGGGACCUGUUGGUGACAAUACGCAUGUUUCGACCAGAGUGAUGGGAACAUAUGGAUACUGUGCACCAGAGUAUGCCAUGAGUGGCAAGUUGACUCUUAAAUCUGAUAUAUACAGCUUUGGUGUGGUCCUGUUGGAGUUGAUUACUGGGCGGAAGGUAAUUGAUGUCUCAAGGAGACCUGGAGAACAAAAUCUAAUUGCUUGGUCUCGUCCAUUUUUAAAGGACAGGAGGAAGUUUGUCCUGUUAGUUGAUCCAUUGCUGCAAGGCCGCUUCCCUGUUCGUUGUUUGCAUCAUGCCAUAGCUAUUACUGCAAUGUGCCUUCAAGAGCAACCAACUUUCCGUCCUCUUAUAGGUGACAUUGUUGUAGCUCUCGAGUAUUUGGCCUCUCAAAGUUACAAACCAGAACGUUAUAAAGAUGGAGUCCGUGAUGCUCCAUCAGCAUCACCUUCACAGGAGAACAAGGAUGUCUUUACCCGGAAGUCAGACAGGAGGAGUUCAUUGUCAAUUUAAAGCUUCUUACGGAGCUGCAGAAAUGGUUGAUCAAGUGGGGAAGCCGUGCCAGUAGUUGAAAGAAAUCUGAUUAAUUCCUGAGUAUCAAUGUAAUAUUUAUGCAUCAGAAGAAUGGGUAUAUAAAAAUGUUUUUGUAUAUAUUUGGGUUUCAAUCAUGAAUUGCAAUUAUCUCAAAGGUGAAUUUGCUUGGUCAAUUUACAAUUCUCGACUGCUUCCAAACCAGUCUCUUCUGGCUCGUUAAAGUGGAAAAGUAAAUCGUUGAGACGGUGAGAGGACUUUGGCAUGGUUCAGGACCUGAUUUUUGCUACUAUGCUUCUCAUGAGAGUAAUGUUAGGAGAAGAGUACUAUAGCUAUCCACAGUUUUCUAUUUAUUUAUUUUUAUUCUUUAAUAGCAAAUUUUUUCCUAAUUUUCCAAUAUAUCCAGUGGUUUAACUACAAUAAAUUAUAAAGUGAUAAGAUUCUUGCUUUUCACUACCAA